AUGGAGCUCUCGAUCUCCCAAUCACCACGUCUUCAAUUCUCAUCUAUCUCCCAUCGUUUCUUAGCAUCUUCUCAUCAUCAUCAACCUUCCGUGCAUUUAUCUAGGAAGCUUUUAACCUGUCCUAAAGAUGCUUCCUUCACGAGCUUAUCAAGUUCUAGUAUGCGGUCGAAAUGUAUUUCAACUAAUUACAGAAAAAUCUCGAUCCGGGCAUGUUCACAGGUUGGUGCUGCUGGUUCUGAUCCAGUUCUGGAUAGAAUCUCGCAUUUUCAAAAUGCUUGCUGGAGAUUUCUUAGGCCACAUACGAUCCGUGGAACAGCUUUGGGAUCAACUGCCUUGGUGGCAAGAGCUUUGAUAGAGAACACUCAUCUCAUCAAAUGGGGUCUUGUACUCAAGGCGCUUUCAGGUCUUCUUGCUCUUAUAUGUGGAAAUGGUUAUAUAGUUGGCAUCAAUCAGAUCUACGACAUUGGAAUUGACAAAGUGAACAAACCAUAUUUGCCAAUAGCAGCAGGAGAUCUCUCAGUGCAGUCUGCGUGGCUGUUGGUGAUAUUCUUUGCAAUUGCAGGGCUAUUAGUUGUUGGAUUCAACUUUGGUCCAUUCAUUACAUGCCUAUACUCUCUUGGUCUUUUUCUGGGGACUAUCUAUUCUGUUCCACCAUUAAGAAUGAAACGAUUUCCAGUUGCAGCUUUUCUUAUUAUUGCCACGGUACGAGGUUUCCUUCUUAAUUUUGGUGUGUACCAUGCUACAAGAGCUGCCCUUGGACUUUCGUUUCAGUGGAGUGCACCUGUGGCUUUCAUAACGUCUUUUGUGACACUGUUUGCACUGGUCAUUGCUAUUACAAAAGAUCUUCCUGAUGUUGAAGGAGAUCGCAAGUUCCAAAUAUCAACCCUAGCAACAAAGCUUGGAGUGAGAAACAUUGCAUUCCUAGGUUCUGGACUUCUGCUUGUGAACUAUAUUUCUGCAAUAUCACUAGCUUUCUACAUGCCUCAGGUUUUCAGAGGUAGCUUGAUGAUUCCUGCACAUAUGAUCUUGGCUUCAUGCUUGAUUUUCCAGACAUGGGUACUAGAAAAAGCAAACUACACCAAGGAAGCUAUUGCAGGAUAUUACCGGUUUAUAUGGAAUCUUUUCUAUGCUGAGGUUUUCCCCCGUCCUGUUGAAGCUUGUUGUUCACUCUCGCCGCCGUCACUCUCACCUCCUCGACGCGUAACGAUCUCAGGUGAUCCUCUUCCUCCAAAUCAUCUCUGCGCACUCUCUCUUAUUAAACGUUUGGAUUUUUGCUCAUACUCUGUUUCUAUCGCAGCCAUGGCCGCCGCCGUAGAAAUCGACGCAGAGAUUCAGCAGCAGCUUACCAACGAGGUCAAGCUCUUCAACCGCUGGACCUACGAUGACGUCUCGGUUGCAGAUAUCAGUCUUGUUGACUACAUUGGAGUCCAAGCAGCUAAACACGCUACCUUUGUUCCCCACACAGCUGGAAGAUACUCUGUUAAGAGAUUCAGGAAGGCUCAAUGCCCCAUUGUUGAGAGGCUUACAAACUCUCUCAUGAUGCACGGAAGAAACAAUGGUAAGAAGUUGAUGGCGGUGAGGAUCAUCAAGCACGCUAUGGAGAUCAUCCACCUCUUGACUGAUGCCAACCCUAUUCAGAUCAUCAUUGAUGCUAUUGUUAACAGUGGUCCACGUGAAGAUGCUACUAGAAUCGGAUCUGCUGGUGUUGUUAGGAGACAAGCCGUUGAUAUCUCUCCUCUAAGACGUGUUAACCAGGCGAUAUUCUUGCUCACCACUGGUGCUCGUGAGGCUGCUUUCAGAAACAUUAAGACUAUUGCUGAGUGUCUUGCUGAUGAGUUGAUCAACGCUGCCAAGGGCUCAUCCAACAGCUAUGCCAUCAAAAAGAAGGAUGAGAUUGAGAGAGUUGCCAAGGCCAAUCGUUAAGGAGUUUCUUUUUGUCCUAAGGGUUACAAACUUAUCAAUGAAAGUUAUGUUUUGUUUGCACUAGAUUGGAAUAUGUUACAGAUGUUUUGUUCUUUGAUCUAUGAAAUUUUUUUCGUCUGAACUACUUCAAAUAGAUAAUUUUUUAUUGUUGAAGCAAUUUUGGUUAAGCUUUUUAUCAGUUUUGGUGCAAAAGAGUGAAUACUAUUACAUUUAUUUGAGCGCACGCACGUACGGC